AUGCCCAAAGAUGACCUCCUGAGCUGGACCAGCUCUACAGAGAAUAUCCGAAAACCUCCUGAGCUGGACCAGCUCUUUAAGUUUGUAUGUGUUAAAAAAAAUCUUACAAGACUUCUCAAGCCCAACGAUGACCUCCUGAGCUGGACCAGCUCUACAGAGAAUAUCCGAAAACAAAUGGAAAAUAUUGUGAGUCUCUCGACCUCCACCACGGCCGCAUAAACCGAACGCUUGCAGCUGCUCGGCGGCCCCCAGCAGCCGAUGACAUCAUCGCCGGGGCCUCCGUCGGUCGUAUAACACGCGUACGUGCCGAAAACAAUGUCGUCGCUCGGUUAUUGAUUGAUCUGCCGAUGGAUUUCCGCGAGUUUUAUGGGUUCUUAAGGAUCUUAGAGGAUUGGAUCCAAGUUUUUGAGGUUUGGUUAGGCUGACCUAAGAGUAUAGCUGAUUCACGGCCGGCUUGAGCCAUCGAAAAAAGGGUCCUGACACGAUAAAGCACGAGAUAGUGCCUGGCUUGUGGAGAGCGCAGACGCCUUCUUAG